AUGACUCCCGUCACUGACAUUCUGCCAUUCGUGAGUCCACUGGCAGAUCCCUCCUUGACCGAGACCGACUUUUCGGUCGCGGUCGACGACUGGAACGAGACCCUGAGCAAGAUCCUCAAGCUGAACAACAAGGCCUUCUGGGCAGAGCUACUGCGAAACCCUAGCCUCGCAGGAUUUUUGAACGCUUUCCUUGGCGAAUACGCAAGCUUCCGUGGCAACAAAGGCGAUCUCUGGAUCAUGGAACUGGAAGAGGUCGUGCGAAGGGUCUUCAUGAUCUACCGCAGGAUAUCAGAGACUAUGUCUGGACUGGACGCCAUGGCUGUAUCGGGUGAGACAUUUGCAGACCAGAGUCUUAAUGACCCAGGUUCUGCUUUGCUAGACUGCGGCCUCGUCUCAACCUCUGUGCUAAUGGAUCUCGCUGGAAUCUAUGGUCGAUCUGAUCCGGAGGGUGUUUCCAAGAUGGUGGGCUCCAUUCUGGAACAUACCCCAAGUCUCAUCAACGAUUUCAGGACCUCAACAAACACCGUGGUUCAAAUCAUCCACAGAGUUCAAAAACGUUUCGAAAAGGGCGUCAAUGGCGGUGCAGGAAAGGGUAAGGGUAAGGGCAAGGGCGUCUCCCCGGCGAUCUCGCCUGAGCCCCAUGCUCCCGUACUGGACCUAGAAAGGAUGACAGAGACCAUGCAAUACACCAGCGCCCUCUCUGACAUUGCUUUCGCCCUCGAUGCCGUCUCUGCCGCGCAUCCAUUGCUGGCGAUGGAGCUGAAUCAGCAUCCUACGUUUCUGGAGUGUUUAAUGGGGUGCUACAACUAUACCCUUCCGAUCCUUAGUAAGGUCCUGAUCGAAAACCAAUCAAUUGGAGACAUCAACGUUCGGCCGGCUUUAACAUUCUUGCGUCUGAGGAUUCUAUCGAUCGUUAACAACAUUUUGGAGGGCAUUCAUAAACAACUUCUUGCAGUAACUGCGAACGGUCAUUUGGACGGGAACGCAGCUGCGGCACUCACGGACAACCUUUGCGAGGUUAUCGUGAACCUGUAUGAACAGUCACCGUUGCAGGACCACAUGGUUCCCAUGUUCGAUGCCACCAUGAUCUUGGACCUCGAAAUUCAGUUCAGCAUAUCGGAAAAGCUGUCGACUAUCAACAAAGAGACAUUCCAGGGCGAGAACGAUCGACUCAAUCAUUGGGUGGUCGUUCUGAGCGACCUUCGGGAGUUCAAUGAUGCGACUCGAACCUACAUCUACGAGCAUAACAUGCGCAAAUCCGAAAAUCUGGCUCGGGAAAUGUCCCACCUCUACAUCAACCAAGACCACGACCGAUCCAACUCAACCAUCACAUCUAACAAUAAUCAGCCACGCGUCCCAUUACCAUCCAUGUUUGUCGAUCAGGAAAAGGCCUAUAUCAGGCGGACAAUGCUCAUUUCUCAGUUACAGGACCUAUUCCCAGACCUGGGCGACGGCUUUUUGGAGGCAUGUCUUAUCACCUUUAAGGACGAUCCAGAGGUUGUGACCAUGCGACUCUUGGAAGAAGACCUACCCAGCGAUCUUGCUAUGAUGGAUAGGUCAACUGCUAGAUCUAUGUUCCAGCGCCCACAAUCCGAUCCAACUUCAAUGGAACUGGUCAGGGUCUCGCCUUCCGUGGAACAAGAGGAGCAAGACCUUCUCUCAAGUCGCAGAAACAUCUUUGAUGGCGAUGAAUUCGACGUGUUCUCAGGAAAAGUUGUGGACAAGUCCAAGGUUUCGCGCGGAAAGAAAGGACCCGCGGAUGUAGAGGUUGUGUUGGAUGACAAGACGUUCGUUACUCAGCACAAGAGCUCAAUUUUGCAGGCCGUGGAGUCGAUGUAUGACGACGAGUACGAUGACACAUACGAUUCGAUGGGCGUGAACACUGUUGGGGCUGACUUUAGAUCUGUGGAGGAAAUUGAGUCCUUUACUGAUACAAGUGCCAAGAAUACCGGUACACCUGCUCAGACGAUUGAUCCCUCGAUUGAGCACGAAGAAGUACUCAUCAAUAUGUAUACAAGUAAUAAGGAUGUAUUCAACCGAAGCAGAGAGGCGCGACGGUCCAAGCAGAGGCAGGACCUUCGUAACCUGACCAAAAUGAGCGACGAACAGCUCGAGGGCUGGGCUGUCAUGUUUGGUCGUAACCCACGGAAGGCUGAGAUUGCCCAGAAGUAUGAGUUCAGCGGACGGCAGACAAUGAUUGCGCAGGCAGAACCGAUUGACAAGCGCCGUGGCGGCAGGAUGCCCUUUGUGGAUAAGAAUACUGGUCAAGGCAAACCUCAACAACAGCAACAGCAACAGCAACAACAACAGCAGCAGCAACAGCAUGGACCUAAAUCGCCACAGCAGCAAAAGAAGACACAGCCUCCGAAACCCCGUGCACAGCCUCAGUCUAGGGAGUCUGCACCUUCACCUCAACCCUCAAAACUAUCGCAGACGCCCUCGCAGGAUCAUUCUUCAUCGCAGCAAGGUCCCAGGACUCCAUCUGGUAACAACAAUGACGCGCCCUCAAUGCGUGAUCGGGCCAAGAAUGAGCGCCAAAAGUCGUCGAAAGCGAACCACAACCGACGCAACCAACAUGCCAAGAAGAUGGCCAGCAUGAACCCCUAG